UGGGGAACUGGCUCUCGGGGCCCGGGGCCGCGGCGCGGGUCUCCGCGGCGGCUGAGCGACCGCGAGCUUUCUGGAGCCGGCCUGUCGCCGCGGCGGCUUCCUGCGCGGAUCGUGAGCGGCUGCCCUACCCAGCAGACCUCCAUGGCACACCGGCUCCGGAUCCAGCUGCUGACCUGGGAUGUGAAGGACACGCUGCUCAGACUCCGCCGGCCGGUGGGGGAGGAGUAUGCCACCAUGGCCCGGAGCCACGGGCUGGAGGUGGAGGCCACGGCCCUGGACCCCGCCUUCCGGCAGGCUUACAAGGUGCAGAGCCUCCGCUUCCCCAACUACGGCCUGAGCCAGGGCCUCAGCUCCCGCCGCUGGUGGCUGGACGUGGUCUUGCAGACCUUCCACCUGGCGGGGGUUGGGGACGCCCAGGUGGUGACCCCCAUCGCGGAGCAGCUGUACGCGGACUUCAGCACCCCUGGCACCUGGCAGGUGUUGGAGGGGGCCGAGGCCACGCUGAAGGGGUGCCGCGAGCGGGGGAUGAGGCUGGGGGUGAUCUCCAACUUUGACCGGCGACUCGAGGACAUCCUGGCGGGGCUGGGCCUGCAGGAACACUUUGACUUUGUGCUGACCUCCGAGGCUGCCGGCUGUCCUAAGCCGGACCCCCGCAUUUUCCAUGAGGCCUUGCGGCUGGCUCAGGUGGACGCCGCAGUGGCAGCUCAUAUUGGGGACAAUUACUGCUGUGAUUACCAGGGCCCACGGGCAGUCGGCAUGCACAGCUUCCUGGUGGUGGGCUCCGGACCUGUGGACCCCCUGGUCAAGGCUUCUGUGCCCCAAGAACACACCCUCCCCUCCUUACCUCUCCUCUUGCCUGCCCUUGACCACCUGGAGGCCUCCCUCCCCAGGAUUUGAGACUUGGGAGGGAAGUGGCUGGACCCAACAGACGUGGAUGGAAGACAAGGGACCCCUUAUCCGCUGAGUUGUGGGCUGGGCAUCCUCUUCCCAGCAGUCUCUGUGGCGCCCUCUGAAUAUAAAGCAGUGAGUGUGGGGCUUGUCGCCCUGCCCCCACCAACUAGCCCCUGGGCUCUGAGAUGUUCAUGCCUUCCACCUGGGUUCCACCCGGACUGCCCCUCGCCCACAAGAUGCAGCCAGGGCUCAGCUGGCUUCCCGAUUGGGCACUUUCAAAGUUUGUUUUAGCUGCAGGAGCGGAAGCACACAAGUAAACCUCAACACGCAAAAGACGGAAAACACAAAACUGCCCCAGAUGAAGGGGAGCAGCCUCAGGCCCUGGGGCCUGGAAAGUCUGGGUGCUGAGCUGUGCUGCUGAGGUCUGCGAGGCCCACAAAGGACGGAGAAACUGGACCCGGCCUGUAUGUUAGGGACUGAGGUGGAGAACCUUAAAAGUGGGGCGUAGGAGGGGUAAGGAGAGAUCACUUAUGGCUGGGCAUGUGCACCACAGACCCCCCCAAGCCAGGGUUGACCCCGGGCAUGGAGCCCCAAGUAGUCCCCCGGUUAUCACUGGGUCUAGACCUCCAACAAAUAAGGGAAGAAAUUAAUAAAUUAGGGGGUAAGUAGCCUGCCCGAGGCCCCAGUUCAUCCUGAGGGAACUGGGAUUCCAAAUGAGACCCUCUUCACCUAAAGCCCUUUGACCACCCUUGGGGUGGUCAGCACCAAGGCUCCUGGUCAUCGAUGGGAGCCCACCCAGGGCCAGGCAAAACAGGGCUCUCUUGGGUAGCGUGGGGUGGGAGAGUCCAGAGAACGGAGAGCAGG